AAAUCAGCGGCUCGAGACUUAGUGCAAUAUUAUCAGAAGCACACAUAUUUAGAAAAAAAGCGCCAUGGCGUAUAAUAUAUAACAAGUUGCAGUGAAAAUUCAGUACUUAACACGCAGUGCGUUCGUUGUUUUAUAUGAUUUGUACUGAAUCAAUACACACGUAAAGAAAUCAAAUUGCGUGUUGGCGAUCUUGGCAAAUAUUGCCUCUGUUGUGCAAAGCAAAGUGACACGUGUGUGAAUCUCAUAAGUGGAGAUUAGACUAGUCUGGCUUGAGCGUGAAGUCUACUGAACGAAGAGGAUAACAAAUCAAAAUGGAAGACGGUCAUUCGAAAACCGUCGAACAGUCUCUGAACUUCUUCGGUACAGACGGAGAGCGCGGUCUUACCCUUGAUCAGAUUAAGACGAACCAGGCGAAAUAUGGACCGAACGAAUUGCCAACUGAGGAAGGAAAGAGUAUUUGGCAAUUAGUUUUAGAGCAGUUCGACGAUCUUCUAGUGAAGAUUUUGCUCUUGGCAGCCAUCAUUUCAUUUGUAUUGGCGCUAUUUGAAGAACACGAAGAGACGUUCACUGCAUUUGUAGAGCCCUUAGUUAUUUUACUUAUUCUGAUAGCUAAUGCGGUGGUUGGUGUAUGGCAGGAAAGGAACGCCGAGUCCGCCAUUGAGGCUCUCAAGGAGUAUGAGCCUGAGAUGGGCAAGGUAAUCCGUCAAGACAAAUCUGGCAUCCAGAAGGUCAGGGCGAAAGAGAUUGUCCCCGGAGACUUGGUCGAGGUGUCUGUUGGUGACAAGAUCCCCGCCGAUAUUCGUCUCACCCACAUUUACUCAACCACCAUCAGAAUCGAUCAGUCUAUCCUCACCGGCGAGUCUGUAUCGGUUAUUAAGCACACCGACGCUAUUCCCGAUCCACGUGCCGUCAACCAGGACAAAAAGAACAUUCUGUUCUCGGGCACCAACGUGGCCGCUGGCAAGGCCCGUGGCGUCGUUAUUGGCACUGGACUGAGCACUGCUAUCGGUAAAAUCCGUACCGAAAUGUCGGAGACUGAAGAGAUUAAGACACCACUGCAACAGAAACUGGACGAGUUCGGCGAGCAGCUGUCCAAGGUUAUUUCCGUCAUUUGCGUCGCUGUCUGGGCCAUCAACAUUGGCCACUUUAACGAUCCCGCCCACGGUGGCUCCUGGAUCAAGGGUGCCAUCUACUAUUUCAAGAUUGCUGUGGCCUUGGCUGUCGCUGCCAUCCCAGAGGGUCUGCCCGCCGUUAUUACUACCUGCUUGGCUUUGGGCACACGCCGCAUGGCCAAGAAGAAUGCUAUUGUACGCUCCCUGCCAUCUGUCGAGACCUUGGGCUGCACAUCCGUCAUCUGCUCUGAUAAGACCGGCACUCUCACCACCAACCAAAUGUCCGUUUCCCGCAUGUUGAUCUUCGAGAAGGUGGAGGGCAAUGACAGUAGCUUCCUGGAGUUUGAACUGACAGGAUCCACCUACGAGCCCAUUGGCGAGCUCUUCUUGGGCGGCCAACGGGUGAAGGCCAGUGACUACGAGGCGCUCCAGGAACUGGCAACGGUUUGCAUCAUGUGCAACGACUCUGCCAUCGAUUACAAUGAGUUCAAGGCUGCCUUCGAGAAGGUCGGUGAGGCCACCGAGACUGCCCUGAUUGUGUUGGCCGAGAAAUUGAACGCAUUCAGCGUCAACAAGUCUGGCCUAGACCGCCGAUCCAACGCCAUUGCCGCUCGCGGCGAGAUCGAGACCAAGUGGAAGAAGGAAUUCACCCUGGAGUUCUCUCGCGAUCGUAAAUCCAUGUCAUCGUACUGCACCCCACUCAAGGCCUCCCGCCUGGGCACUGGUCCAAAACUCUUCGUCAAAGGCGCCCCCGAGGGUGUGUUGGAUCGCUGCACACACGCUCGAGUCGGCACGUCCAAGGUGCCACUGACUUCGGCACUGAAGGCCAAGAUUCUUGCCCUGACUGGACAGUAUGGAACUGGACGCGACACCCUGCGUUGCCUGGCUCUCGCUGUUGCUGAUAGCCCCAUUCGCCCAGAGGAUAUGGAUUUGGGAGAUUCCACAAAGUUCUAUCAGUAUGAGGUUAAUCUGACAUUCGUCGGAGUCGUCGGUAUGUUGGAUCCCCCCCGCAAGGAGGUCUUCGAUGCCAUUGUCCGCUGCCGUGCUGCCGGUAUUCGUGUUAUUGUGAUUACUGGUGACAACAAGGCCACUGCCGAAGCCAUCUGCCGCAGAAUCGGCGUCUUCACUGAGGAGGAAGACACCACUGGCAAAUCUUAUUCCGGCCGCGAGUUCGAUGAUCUGUCCAUCGCGGAACAGAAGGCUGCCGUUGCACGCUCCCGACUCUUCUCCCGUGUGGAGCCACAGCACAAGUCCAAGAUUGUUGAGUACCUCCAAGGCAUGAACGAAAUCUCUGCCAUGACUGGUGAUGGUGUGAACGACGCUCCAGCUUUAAAGAAGGCCGAAAUCGGUAUUGCCAUGGGCUCCGGUACUGCUGUGGCCAAAUCUGCCGCCGAAAUGGUCUUGGCCGACGACAACUUCUCUUCCAUUGUGUCUGCCGUUGAAGAAGGUCGCGCUAUUUAUAACAACAUGAAACAGUUCAUUCGUUACCUCAUCUCCUCGAACAUUGGUGAAGUCGUAUCCAUCUUCCUUACCGCUGCCCUUGGCCUUCCCGAAGCUUUGAUUCCCGUCCAGUUGCUUUGGGUCAACUUGGUUACUGAUGGUCUGCCAGCUACAGCUCUUGGUUUCAAUCCACCUGAUCUGGACAUCAUGGAUAAACCCCCAAGGAAGGCCGACGAAGGUCUCAUUUCCGGCUGGUUGUUCUUCCGCUAUAUGGCGAUUGGAUUCUAUGUCGGCGCAGCUACAGUUGGUGCUGCUGCCUGGUGGUUCAUCGCCUCUAGCGAAGGUCCUGGUCUGACAUACUGGCAACUCACUCACCAUCUGUCCUGCUUGGGAGGCGGCGACGAGUUCAAGGGUGUCGACUGCAAGAUCUUUAGCGAUCCCAAAGCGAUGACCAUGGCCCUGUCCGUACUCGUAACAAUUGAGAUGUUGAACGCAAUGAACAGCUUGUCUGAGAAUCAGUCCCUGAUCAGCAUGCCUCCAUGGUGCAAUUUGUGGCUGAUUGGAUCGAUGGCACUUUCCUUCACUCUUCACUUCGUUAUUCUUUACGUUGACGUCCUCUCCACCGUCUUCCAAGUGACACCGUUGUCUGCAGAGGAAUGGAUAACUGUGAUGAAAUUCUCAAUUCCUGUAGUUUUAUUAGAUGAAACAUUGAAGUUUGUUGCUAGAAAAAUCGCAGAUGGUGAGAGUCCUAUAUAUAAGAUGCAUGGGAUUGUGUUAAUGUGGGCUGUCUACUUUGGCCUGCUGUACGCUAUGAUGCUUUAAGAAUAUAAUGAUAAUCCAUAAGCCCAAUUUCAUUAUUCUAAUUUCUAGUAUAAAAUGUUACUAAAUAUAAACAGAAACUACAAUUAUAAAUAUCUAACGUAACGACAUAACAUAAUCAAUAUAAAGAUUGUUCCCAAAUAUAACUGAUUUCCAAUACCACCACUACCACUCCCCGGUAUCACAGAAUUACAGACUACUAGUGAUACUGAAUCCACGGGGCCUCCGACUGACUCACUCCCUGCUUUUGGCAUUGAACAAACAGCGUCAGACUAUUUACCUAUCACCCUAUGACCUAACGGUAAACCUAACACACACCAAACCAAACGUAUAUACCCAAAAAAUAUACACAUAUAUAUAUUUGUGUUUGUAUAUUAUUAAAUUAUAGCAGGAUGCUUUUUGUACAUACAAUGCUGUAGAUACAUAAGAGUUCCAAACCGGGUAUAUUUUUCAAUUGUAAUAGUUAGGUUUUAUCCAAAUAUGUUUUACUGGCUUGUCGGCAAGGAGCGCAUACAAAAGAUCGCUGUAAAUGAGAUAGCUUUUUGAACAGGAAAGAAAAUCAAUUUGAAAAAUUGGUAUCCUCGUUGAGCAACUGACAAGCUGAUUUCUCUGUAGGUUUAGUUAUGCAAAAGAACAAAACAAUUUAAAUUUACUAUCUCUUGCUACGUUUGCGUAUUCGUGCUAGACCCCAUUAUUUGUGGGCAUUUUUGUUUAGCCAUUCAAAAAUCGAACCUAAUUUUUAAAUCUUUUUUAACGAGUUUCGUAUCCGAACUCAGUCUAUGGCUAACGUAAUUUACCUUUCCUUUUCAAGGAUACAUACAAAUGUUUGAUAAUACUUUCAUGAAUAAAAUCUGAAAUAUUGGUAAACUCAUUCCGUAGCUGUAAGAAUUGUUUUUGAGCACAAGAUAUUGAAUAAAGUCAAUAAUACAGUA